UAAUACUUUUACAAGUAACGUGGCAUCGAAUCAUGUAUUGAGUUCUUGCCGGCCCAAAACUCCAUCUUCCUCAUCAUCUCAAUCACAACAAUUCCACAGCACACAGCUCCGCGAGAUUCCGUCAGUUGCUUCCAAUGGCAGAACCAAUCAACGGCGAUAAAACACUCCAUCAAAUUGCAGACGCAUUCAAAAACCUCGCAAACACCGUCUCCGAUUCGCAAUCCUCAGAGGUUGAAGUUGCUCCCUUCUCCCGUGCCUGCUCUCUCAUCUCCCCUCUCUUUGGUUCCUUAGGCAUCGCCUUCAAGUUUGCUGAAAUGGAUUACGUUGCCAAAGUUAAUGAUCUAGCUGAGGCAUCGAAAUCCAUUCAGACGUUGAAUUCGUUGAUUGAUCGGGAUGUACAAGCAAAUUCUGUUAGGAAUUCAGGCAGCCGGACGAGAAAUCUAUUGAGAGUAAAACGCGGGCUCGACAUGGUCAGAGUACUUUUUCAGCAAAUGAUAGUUACUGAGGGAAACUCCCUUAAGGAUCCAGCUUCAAAGGCUUACGAACAAGCGCUUGCGCCUUAUCAUGGUUGGGCCAUCAGGAAGGCUGUUUCUGCUGGGAUGUAUGUUCUUCCUACAAAGGAACAGCUUUUGAAGAAACUCAACGAGGAUGAGGCAUCCGCGAAAAUCCAAAUGCAAAUAUAUGCGUCAGCAUCCGAAGCUCUAAUCCAAUACAUUGAUAAACUCUUUGUUUCCAGAAACUUAGGAACAGAUUGGUGAACCUUGGACUGUAUUCAGAUUGUGUACAAUAUGAUUUUCUAUUAGGAAGUUGUAUGAGGUUAUUAAUGUAUUUAUUUGUAGUCAUUUCUUAUAGAAUUUGUCUAUAUAGCAAUAUAGAAUAAACUUUUCUUGCAGUCUUUGAAGGAUAACAUUACUUGCUUUCA